GCACAGGCAAUCCUCAAUUACUCCGUCAACGUUGUCCCUUCUUCCAAACCUUUCCAUCCACUUGCCUUGUAGUUUCCUUCGAGUUUGAGUAGACAAGAAAAUAAUGUUAAACCCGGACUCGUUCUUGUUUUUUCCACGGACUCAUAUCACAAGGGUCCGCACCAAUUCAAACCCCCAUCAGAAUUCUCACCGCAGAUUCUGAUCCAAAAUCCAGAACAAUGAAGUGUUUAAGGACAGUCCUCCUCGUAAUUUUCUUGAUUUGUUUUGUCCCACGUCAGUCCAGUGGCUCUUUUCUUGUAAAUUUCAGAAAACUAGUUGAGGAUCAUCAUAAUCCAAAGCCAACUGAUCAGAUAUCUCCAUCUCCUAGCCCUGUUCCAGCAGCGAAUUUUGAUUCUGGGAAUGGUCAAAGUCAUGGGAUACGGACACAGGAAGAAAAUUGCGAUAAGGUGUCUAAUAAGUGUGAUAUUAAGGAUUACAGCAUUACUGCCUGCGUUCCUUUUGUCGGAAACGGAUCUCAAGCGUCGUAUGUGCUUGUCCUGAAUGGUGGUGAGAGCGCUCUCAAACUAAAUAUCGUUGUCCGUCCUGCGAACAUUAACCUGGAGGAUAUAGAAAUAUCUGGACAUGAAAUCAAGAAGGUAAAUUUGCCUUCAACUGCAGGAGGAAGUUCUUCAAUUUUGCUAAAUGUUGGAAAUCAAGACUGUAUAAUCAAGACAGGAGCUUUGGUGCCGCAAGGUUUUUAUACAACUUAUUUGACGCCUAUCACCGGGACGUACCUAUUCUUUGUGGCUGCUAUUUUCGUCGGAGGCACUUGGGCCUGCUUCAAGGUGGUGAAGAGGAAACGACACCUCGAUGGAGUUCCAUAUCGGGAGCUUGAAAUGGAGCAGCAAGAAUCCGACCCUUCCUUCGUCACUGAAACACCCAAGAGUUGGGAUCAGAAUUGGGACGAUGACUGGGAUGAGGAGAAGGCAGUGAAAUCACCGGGCGGGAAACAUAAUGGGAAAGUUUCGGAGAACGGCGAGUCUUUGAAGUACAUCGAUACGACUCAAUGGGGAAGCGAUUGGGACGAUUAGGACAGAUGUAGAGCAGCCUCAUUCAUUUUGGGACAACCUACGUCACGUAUUGGAUGGUCGAAAAAGGUGAUGAAAAUAGGGAUUAUAGCCCGGACGUAUGAGAACAUAGGAUUUUACACAGGUGGUCCUGGUGGAAGGAUGUUGCUGGUUCCAGCACAAACAAUUUUGUCAUACUUCUCUCGUCAUUUUCUUACACAUACAAGAUACUGGUCCCUUGAUGUUUCACCUCCUUGUAAGCUUAACCUAAUUUUUCUGUCAGUUUGAAGCAGCUAGCAUCGGAGGCAUAGGAUUAGCGCUGCUUGGCAGGUAUGUAAACAAAUUGAGUUCGAGAAUGUUACUUCAAGCUUAUAAAAACUUUUAUAGAGUUUCAAAUAUUGUAUUUGAAAUUGGUUUUGGUAAUGAAA